UCUUUCUUAGGUCUUAUUGGUUUGUUUUCUCAAGCACAAUGAGCUCCAACUUCCUAGAAACAAGCAAUUCUCAAAGAGGAAACCCUAGCUUUACUUCUCCUUUUCUUUACUCACAUAUGACUCAAGAUUGUGGUUAUAAUUUUCAAGAUUGUGAUUUUAAUAAUUUUCAGGAUUUUGAAUCUUCUUCAUUUCUUGAUCAGCUGCUUGUUGAUUAUUCUCCUACCAAUAACAACUUCAACACUUCUCUUUCAGAAAAUCCCAACAUGCAGGAAAUAAGUAGUACCAAUAUUAAUCGCUUGAAAGAAAAAUCCGAAGAGGGGAAAAAGAAAGAGAAGAUGAAUGAAAGACAUGUACAAGCUAUUGCUUUUAGAACAAAGACUCAACUUGAGAUCUUGUAUGAUGGAUAUAAAUGGAGGAAGUAUGGGAAGAAGAAGGUGAAAAGUAACACAAAUCUAAGGUAAAUUCUAAAUUAUGAGCUCAUGCAUGCAAAUUUUUCCACUAUGACGAUCAAUACUCAUGUAGAUCUGUUGAUUGUAAUUCUAUAUAUUUAUUCUAUCUUUGUUCGCUUUUACUUUUUUCAGAAAUGUUAGAAGAAGAUUUUCACAUAAAUCAAACUUCAAAACGAUACGAAAAUACUUUUUUGUGGUCCUGGACAUGAUCAUGCUCUAGAUUUGACUGCCCUUGAGUUUCUUGCCUUUUGAAAUGCAUCUUUUUUGUCCUUACCAGGUAAACCUGUGUCUAAAAAUGAGAAAAUAAGAAUCUCAAAUAAAUUGAGAGAAUGAUCAUCCUCGCUGACCAAGUUAUUAAUUUACUAUGUAUUAUGUAUACCUUGAAGAUUAGGGCCACUGCUAUAUAUUACGGAGCUAUAUAGUGGUUUCAC